GGGCAGCGGCCUCACCCCCCCGCUUCCCGGGUUAUGCUGGGCCCGGCGGAGAGGGGAGCCGAGGCCACCCGGACUUCACGCGGCUGAGCGGCGGCGGUUCCCCGAGGUCAAGAUGCUGCAGAACGUGACUCCCCACAAGCUCCCUGGGGAAGGGAAUGCAGGGUUACUGGGGCUGGGCCCAGAGGCAGCAGCACCAGGGAAAAGGAUUCGAAAGCCUUCUCUGUUGUAUGAGGGAUUCGAGAGCCCCACAAUGGCUUCUGUACCAGCUUUACAACUGACCCCGGCCAACCCACCACCCCCUGAGGUGUCCAAUCCUAAAAAGCCGGGACGGGUGACGAACCAGCUGCAGUACCUGCACAAGGUGGUGAUGAAGGCGCUCUGGAAGCACCAGUUUGCUUGGCCGUUCCGGCAGCCUGUGGAUGCUGUGAAACUGGGUCUGCCGGAUUAUCACAAAAUUAUAAAACAGCCUAUGGACAUGGGUACUAUCAAGAGGAGACUUGAAAACAACUACUACUGGGCUGCCUCGGAAUGUAUGCAAGACUUUAAUACAAUGUUUACCAACUGUUAUAUUUAUAACAAGCCCACCGAUGACAUUGUCCUAAUGGCACAGACACUGGAAAAGAUCUUCUUGCAGAAAGUGGCGUCCAUGCCACAAGAGGAACAAGAGCUUGUGGUGACCAUCCCUAAAAACAGCCAUAAGAAGGGGGCCAAGUUAGCAGCACUCCAGGGCAGCAUCACCAGUGCCCAUCAGGUGCCUGCUGUUUCUUCUGUGUCUCAUACAGCCCUGUAUACACCACCGCCUGAAAUACCCACCACUGUCCUCAACAUUCCCCACCCAUCCGUCAUCUCUUCUCCGCUUCUUAAGUCCCUGCAUUCUGCUGGACCCCCGCUCCUCGCUGUGUCGGCAGCUCCUCCAACAGCUCAGCCCCUUGCCAAGAAAAAAGGCGUUAAACGGAAAGCAGACACCACCACCCCCACACCUACAGCCAUCCUGGCUCCUGGCUCCCCAGCCAGUCCUCCUGGGAGUCUUGAGCCGAAGGCAGCACGGCUUCCUCCAAUGCGCAGAGAGAGCGGCCGCCCAAUCAAACCCCCACGGAAGGACUUGCCUGACUCGCAGCAGCAACACCAGAGCUCUAAGAAAGGGAAGCUGUCGGAGCAGCUGAAGCACUGCAACGGCAUUCUGAAGGAGCUGCUCUCCAAGAAGCACGCUGCCUACGCCUGGCCCUUCUAUAAACCAGUGGACGCCUCUGCUCUUGGCCUGCACGAUUACCACGACAUCAUUAAGCACCCCAUGGACCUCAGCACUGUCAAGCGGAAGAUGGAGAACCGCGACUACCGGGACGCACAGGAGUUCGCUGCUGACGUGCGGCUUAUGUUCUCCAACUGCUAUAAGUACAAUCCUCCUGACCACGAUGUUGUGGCCAUGGCACGAAAGUUACAGGAUGUGUUUGAGUUCCGCUAUGCCAAGAUGCCAGAUGAGCCGCUGGAACCAGGGCCUUUGCCGGUCUCUACCGCCUUGCCUCCUGGGUUGGCCAAAUCAUCUUCAGAGUCCUCGAGUGAGGGAAGUAGCAGUGAGAGUUCCUCUGAGGAGGAGGAGGAUGAGGAUGAGGAAGAUGAAGAGGAGGAGAGUGAAAGCUCAGACUCUGAGGAGGAAAGGGCUCAUCGCCUGGCAGAGCUGCAGGAACAGCUUCGGGCAGUACACGAACAGCUGGCUGCCCUAUCCCAGGGCCCAAUAUCUAAGCCCAAGCGGAAGAGAGAGAAAAAGGAAAAGAAGAAGAAACGGAAGGCAGAGAAACACCGGGGUCGAGUAGGGAUCGACGAAGAUGAUAAGGGGCCUCGGGCACCUCGCACGCUUCAGCCCAAGAAAUCUAAGAAAGCGGGUGGGGGUGCCAGUGCUGCUAUGCUAGGCCACCCUGGCUUUGGAACUUCGGGAGGAAGUAGCAACAAGCUGCCUAAAAAGGCCCAGAAGACAGCCCCACCUGUCCUGCCCGUUGGUUACGACUCCGAGGAGGAGGAAGAAAGCAGGCCCAUGAGUUAUGAUGAAAAGAGGCAGUUAAGCCUGGAUAUCAAUAAGUUACCUGGGGAGAAGCUGGGUCGAGUUGUACAUAUCAUCCAGGCCAGGGAGCCCUCUUUACGUGAUUCAAAUCCAGAGGAAAUUGAGAUUGAUUUUGAAACACUCAAGCCAUCCACACUUAGAGAGCUUGAGCGAUACGUUUUAUCUUGCCUUCGAAAGAAACCACGGAAGCCCUAUACUAUUAAGAAACCUGUGGGAAAGACAAAGGAAGAGCUAGCUCUGGAGAAGAAGCGGGAACUAGAGAAGCGGUUGCAAGACGUCAGUGGACAGCUUAACUCCACCAAAAAACCUCCCAAGAAAGCGAGCGAGAAAACAGAGUCAUCUGCACAGCAAGUCGCAGUGUCCCGGCUCAGCGCUUCCAGCUCCAGCUCCGAUUCCAGCUCCUCAUCCUCGUCUUCAUCAUCUUCAGACACCAGCGAUUCAGACUCGGGCUAAGGGGCCAGGCCAGAUGGGGCAGGAAGGCUCCGCAGGACCGGACCCCUGUACCACCCUUCCCCCACCUCUUUCCCCUUGCUGUGACACUUCUUCAUCUCACCCUCCAUAGGAGAGCUGGCUCUGCAGUGGGGAGGGAUGCAGGGACAUGGACAAAUACGACUGACUUCCUAGCCCCGUUGGGAACGACUCUCGGGUGUAGUGUCCCUGUUCAGGAUGAUGGGGGUGGGGCAAGGGUAUGGGUGGGAGUGGGCAUAGGCCUGGCACAAGGCCACCUGAGGCCGUAGCUGUCCUGUUCACUUCUAAGGGCCCUGUUUUGAGGUUUUAAUUUAUUUAAGCUAGGUAAGGCUGUGAGGGGGUAGCACUGCGGUCCUCCCUCCAGCCUCCAUGGGGAGGGAAGAAGAGGGAGCUCCUUUUUUUACGUUGACUUUUUUUUUCUACUCUUCCCUUUUCCUUCCACUCCAUUUGGGGCCUGGGGAUUUUAGUCACCUCUCCAUUUGGCCUCCCGGACUGUCUUUUCUUUCUCUUGAUUCUAACUUGUAAAUAAAGAAAAUAUUAUUGAA